AUAAAUUUAUUUCAAUUCCACAGGCCGCGUUGAAAGGUUGUCAUAAUGGCGGAUAACAAGGAAAGAACUUUCAUCAUGGUGAAGCCUGACGGCGUGCAACGUGGACUUGUUGGAGAAAUCAUCCAACGCUUCGAGAAGAAAGGCUUCAAGUUGGUGGCUCUGAAAUUCACCUGGCCCUCCGAAGAGCUGCUGCAGAAACACUACAGUGACUUGUCAUCGAAGCCCUUCUUCCCCGGUCUAGUUAAGUACAUGAGCUCCGGGCCCGUGGUGCCCAUGGUCUGGGAAGGUCUGAACGUCGUCAAGACUGGCAGACAAAUCCUUGGAGCCACCAACCCGGCUGACUCUCUGCCCGGAACCAUCCGCGGCGAUCUCUGCAUCCAGGUCGGACGCAACAUCAUCCACGGAUCUGACGCCGUCGACUCCGCCAAGAAAGAAAUCGACCUCUGGUUCACUGAGAAGGAAGUCGUAGGAUGGACCCAGGCUGCCGAAAACUGGAUCUAUGAAUAAGCAUUUUUAGUUCUUAAGAAAAGGAAAUUCCGUUACAAACACGUGUGUUAUUAGGUUAUAUGUAACUUAUUUCAAAUAAAAUUUGGGCACACAUUC